CAACGAGUGCUUGUGAAUGGCCGUCUCCACUACACCGGUGGACAACUGGAUGAUCAAGGUGUUCGUAGCCCACGACAGACACACAUUCAUGCUGAAAAUAUACAACCGCUUGCUCGCCGUGAAAAUCCAGAUCAGUCAGACUCCUCUUAAUCUCUAGCA